UGAGAAUCAAAGCAGUCAGAACAGGCAUCCUGAGAGCUCUGGGUCUCCUUCUGAAUGAUUGUCUUCCCAUCUCCAAGGACCAUGGUCUCCUUGACUGUUCUCACCAGCUUUUUCAUUUCCAUAUCUAGCAUCUGUUUUGGACAUCCAAUUGAUGGACAUAAUUUCCCCACUGUCUGCUGCUUUGGCUAUAUUUCUAAAAAGAUUCCCAAGAAGCUUCUGGUUCAAUAUGAGUAUACCAGCCAGAUUUGUUCUAAACCAGCAGUCAUCUUUAUCAGCAAGAGGGGCCAGCGUUUAUGUGCCAACCCUGAAGAAAAUUGGGUCCAGGAUAUGAUGUCUUACCUAAAUCCAAAGCAAGAGUCUGAGGAAUAUGAAUACUUUGAAAUGUAUCCAUGGGAAGAAUAGAAUAAAACUGUACUGGACUUAUUAGG